UAGGCACUAUGAUUUUUAUUUUUUAUAUCAAAGUAGUUUUAAUGUCUGUUAACUGAUUAACUGUCUUAACCAAAUCAAAAGCGUUCUGUGGAAGGUUUGAAGUAUUUAAAAAUGCUAAAACAAAGAAGGCCGAUCGAAUCGUAGGAUUGGCAAAAUCCUAAAUGAGAAGACUAGAUAGUCAAAACUAAUCAUUAAAAAUUCAGUCGACAAACAUGUGCUGAUAGUCGCGGAGGGAGUUAGAACUAAACUGAAGUUUAGAGAACUCUGGGUUAAGCCCUAGUUUAUAUAAUAAAAAGAUUAUAAAAAUAAGAACGGAUUAUUACUCGAAAUCAAAAUGGAAGAAGUAUUAAAGGAAAAUUACCUAAAUUACGAUAAAAUACCAAAGAAUUGGACAGCUCUUCGGACAAUUGGGGCUGCAGCAGUGGUCAUUGCUAUUUACUUGCUGGUCGUAUUAAAAUUGAUUCCCGGAAUCAUGAUGAAAAGGAAACCGUAUCAAAUGAAACCGCUUUUGCUAUUUUACAAUGCCUUCCAAGUUUACUAUUCCGGAUACAUGGUGUAUAUUUAUGCAGAUUAUGUUUGGAACUUUGGUAUAUUUCCUUUCAGAUGUCCACAAAACAAUCCAGAUAUUAUUGGCACAGCAGUAAACAAUAUUUAUCCGUACUUCGUGGCGAAGCAUUUAGACCUACUUGACACCGUGUUCUUUAGACUUCGAAAGAAGGACAAUCAAGUGACUUUUCUUCAUUUAUAUCACCACAGCAUAAUGGUAUUAUGGGGUUGGUUGUACUAUAUGUUCCUACCAACGGACCACUUCGUUAUCACCGGCUUAUUGAAUAGUUUCGUCCACGUUGUGAUGUACAGUUAUUACGGCAUUACUUGUCUAGGGCCUCGUUUUGCCAAAUAUGUUUGGUGGAAAAAACAUUUGACCAAGAUACAACUGGUGCAAUUCGUAUUAGCGGUCACGAAUCUAUACUACCAACAGAAGUGGACUCCGUGCCCUUUGCCUGUCGCUUUCCAUUACUUCGCAUUAGGAACAUUAUUGUCAUUUUUCAUACUCUUCCUAAACUUUUACUUUAAAAGUUACAAAUUGCGCAAAGAUCUCGAAAAUAAUCAACGAGAUGUAGACAAUAAAGCAAAGAUGGGAAAUAUGAACGGAAUCAAAAGCGGUUGCAUAAAAAGUAAUUGAUUUUAUUUAAGAUUCAAAUUCACAAGAUGUUCAUUGAAUUUAGAUAGAAAUUAAUCUGUCUAGUCUAGAAAAAGAAGGGCAAUGCCGAUAAACGAUGUGGUAACAACACAGAAAAAGGAAUCGAAACUGGAUUGUUUUCUUCUUUUAUAAUUUUCUAUAUAUCUAAAACUCCACUAUCUUCAUAUUUUAGUAACCGUAGGUUUCUAACACCAACAUAUAUAAAACAUAACGUCAUCCCUGUCAUUAUCCUUGACAACACAAAGAU